UCAUUUUUGUACAGAAUAACAACAUGGCGACCAUGGAACAAAUGAGAACUGUCAGUGGUGGUUCUUGGCGUUUUUCACGCGCACAGCGAGUCCGAAUGAGCAUGUAGAGAUCAGAGUCAGUAUGUAUGGAUGUAUGUCUGUCGUGGGGAGAAAUAGCAGGCUCUGCCGGACGUUGUUGAUGCUGCAGCCGCGAGUAACGUCUGAUCGGCCGCUUGCUUUUCUACCCGUUACGUGCCCAGGUGUGCCGUUAGCCGGGCGGACGUACCGCCUUUACUCCACCAUUCGCGGGGAACGCUGUAAAACAGCGAGUUAUGCUAGUAAAGUUUUGACCGUUCGUAUCAGAGCACUCUGUAGCGCCACUGACAGACGUAAACCUCCGGGUGACGAUCCCGCAACGGCCGGGAAUUCCAAGGGAACUCUGGAGUACAUCCGUGAUAGUCUGGCAACCAUACAGACCAGCCUUCAGGACGGAGGGCCAACAUGGAAGGGAUACAAUAUUUUCAAGAUUCUGCUAGCUCUCGCUGUUCUGUCUGGCCUGGGAGUUUACCUGUUCCGAGAGGAAGUGCGGCAGAACGUGGCGGAGGAAGUGUCGAACGUGGCGACCCGUUCCAUGGCAGACGAGGAGCUGGUGAGCAGGGCAAAUGAACUGUCGAAAGCCCUGGUCAACAACGUGUUGAAUGAUGACAACAUCCUGAACCAAACUAAGCAGUUCUCCUCCAACCUUAUCAUUGACAUCAUGGGAGAUGCUAAGAACCAGGAGAUAAUGGGUCAGCUUCUGAAGAACAUGAUUCUAACGGUGCUCAGCGAUGAAGACAUGCAGAGUCAAAUAGCUGCGCACGUCAAGACCAUCCUCUCCUGCCCUGAGGUCAGGGAUGCUGUGCUAGCUGUCCUUCAGGAGCUGUUCAACGAGCCCAGGGUACAGCAGGAGGUCGCUGACUUCUUCAAGAGUGUGCUGGCAUCGGACACCGUCCAGGGGGAGGCCACGGAGCUGGGUCGUACCAUCUCAUCCAGUCUGCUGAGGGACGACGGGCUACAGAAGCAGGCAGGGGACAUGAUGUGGGGUGCCUUCACGUACUCAUUCACCCCCACGUUUCUGCCGUGGACCAGUUCUGCUGGGAAAAAGGAGAGUUGACACCCUCUUUCCCACUGUCAGAAUACUAGUAGUACUGGCUGAGUCGGACGUCAGACCUAUUGUUGAUGUCAGCCAUUAAACAUUGUGGAAAGUCUACGCACAUAUUAGAACUGUGGCCCGUUUCAGCUCUUAAGUGGGAGACAGUUGCAGUAAAAAUUAUUUUGUUUCUAGCGCUGACUUGCCACCAUUGU